AUGCCGAAGAAACGUAAGUCAAAUUUAUCCCAAAGUUCGCGAAAAGCCAAGCGACAAGCAGCUCACAGAUUAGCAGAAGCGCCAGAAGAACGUCAGCGUCGACUUGAGGAGAAUGCUCAGCGGCUGGCAGGUCACAGAGCAGCAGAAACACCAGAGGAACGUCAGCUUCGAUUAAAUGAGAAUGCUCAGCGACUGGCAGCUCACAGAGCAGUAGAAACACAAGAGGAACGUCAGCUUCGACUAUCAGAUCAAGCCCACCGGCAGGCCAGCUUGAGAGUAGCUGAAACACCAGAAGAACUUCAGCUUCGACUAGAGGAGAAUGCUCAGCGGCUGGCAGGUCACAGAGCAGCAGAAACACCAGAGGAACGUCAGCUUCGAUUAAAUGAGAAUGCUCAGCGACUGGCAGCUCACAGAGCAGUAGAAACACAAGAGGAACGUCAGCUUCGACUAUCAGAUCAAGCCCACCGGCAGACCAGCUUGAGAGUAGCUGAAACACCAGAAGAACUUCAGCUUCGACUAGAGGAGAAUGCUGAGCGACUGGCAGCUCACAGAUCAGCAGAAACACCAGAGGAACGUCAGCUUCGAUUAAAUGAGAAUGCUCAGCGACUGGCAGCUCACAGAGCAGUAGAAACACAAGAGGAACGUCAGCUUAGAUUAUCAGAUCAAGCCCACCGGCAGGCCAGCUUGAGAGUAGCUGAAACACCAGAAGAACUUCAGCUUCGACUAGAGGAGAAUGCUGAGCGACUGGCAGCUCACAGAUCAGCAGAAACACCAGAGGAACGUCAGCUUCGAUUAAAUGAGAAUGCUCAGCGACUGGCAGCUCACAGAGCAGUAGAAACACAAGAGGAACGUCAGCUUAGAUUAUCAGAUCAAGCCCACCGGCAGGCCAGCUUGAGAGUAGCUGAAACGACGGAGCAGAAUGAACGACGUAGACAACAACACGCUGUUCAUAUGGCAUCCCAGCGAGCUACAGAAACUGCUGAGGAAGCUGAAUUUCGCAGAAACGUUAUUGCGGCAAGGGCUGCCCAACGGCGGCAAACGUUCCACAGGAAUACGUGGGGCGUCUUUGAAAAUGCUGCCUUAGAGUACGACCCAACUCUAGAUUACAGUAGUCAUGUUUUGAUAAAAGUUGGGCGAAUGGAUACUGAAUGUCGAUACUGCAGAGCUUUAAAGUGGAAGGAGGAGCCUGUAGGGAUGUGUUGUGCUGGUGGUAAGGUUGCUAUUCAUCGGCCACAAGAGCCAGUACAACCUAUGAAAGAGCUAUUCCUCGGUGAGACUAAUGAGUCAAAGCGAUUUUUGAAAAAUAUUAGGCGGUACAACACCUGCUUUCACAUGACAUCGUUUGGGGCAGAUACAAUAGUGAACAUGCCUGGGUUUUCACCAACCUUUACAAUUAAAGGGCAAGUCUACCACAAAAUUGGGUCCCUACUUCCUGCACCAAAUAUGCAGCCAAACUUUUUGCAGAUAUAUUUUUAUGGAGAUGAGGAAGCAGAAACUGAUAGAAGAUUUGAAAUCGUACCAGGGGUUGAAAAACCAACGCUAAGAAAAGUACAGACAGUCCUUCAUGAGCAUAAUAAUUUAAUCAAAGAGUUUAAAACUGCGAUAGAGGUUAUGCCGGAUGAAAGCUGCAAAUUAAUAAUCCACCCUGAUCGCGUCCCUCAUGGGCAGCAUGAGAGACGAUACAACUUACCCACCAUAAACGAAGUGGCAGCCAUUGUAGUGGGCAAUGAUCAUUCUACAAGUAGAGACAUUGUGUUGCACGCCCGCGAUGACAAGCUAUCCCGUGUCGCGGACACGCAUAGGUUCUAUGAUGCCCUUCAGUAUCCGAUAAUUUUCUGGAAUGGCCAAGAAGGAUACCACUUUGAUAUACCCCAAAUUAACCCACUCACUAGACAGCCUUUGCCAAAUAAAAAAGUGUCAUGCAUGGAUUUUUAUGCAUUUCAAAUCAUGGUGUGUGCAAAUGAAUUCAAUUUACUUCUGCGCUGCAAUAAACUUUUACAUCAAUUUCUGGUAGAUAUGUAUGUAAAAAUAGAAAGCGAACGUUUGAGGUUUAUCUCAUUGAACCAGAAAAAGUUACGGGCUGAAAAUUACAUACACCUGCAGGAUGCUGUAAGAAACGACAACAAUGUGAAUCCUAAUGAUUUAGGACAGAUGGUGAUUCUUCCGUCAACUUUUGUUAACAGCCCUCGAUAUCUUCACGAGUACACGCAAGAUGCAUUUGCUUAUGUCCGUAACUAUGGACGCCCGGACUUAUUCAUCACGUUUACGUGUAACCCCUCUUGGAAUGAGAUAACUGAUGAACUCAUGCCUGGUCAGAAAGCUACAGAUCGCCACGACCUCAUUGCCAGAGUUUUUGAAUUGAAAGUGAAAAAACUUAUAUCUCUGCUCACGAAAGGUAAAGUAUUUGGAGAUUGCCAGUGCUUUAUGUACUCAAUAGAGUGGCAGAAGCGUGGCUUACCACACGUACAUGUUUUACUGUGGCUUAAAGAAAAAUUGCGUCUAAAUCAAAUGGAUGACAUAAUUAGUGCUGAAAUCCCAGAUCCUGAAACCGACAAAAAACUGUAUGACGCAGUUCUAAAACAUAUGAUCCACGGACCAUGUGGCAAUUAUAAUACAUCAGCUCCCUGUAUGAAGGACAGUAAGUGCACAAAGACGUACCCUCGGGCGCUACUAGAUGCCACUCAAACAAAUGCGAAUGGUUACCCUCUGUAUAGACGUGCAGCGCCAGAGGAUGGAGGACGCACAGCUACUAUUCGAAUACGUGGUGGAGAAGAAGUUGUAAUAGAUAACAGCUGGAUUGUGCCAUAUAAUCCCCUACUCCUUAAAAUGUUUACUGCCCAUGUGAAUGUGGAGUAUUGUGGCUCUGUACAGGCCAUAAAAUACAUUUGCAAAUAUAUUAACAAAGGGAAUGAUCAGGCAAUAUUUAAUGUUAGGCAAUCCGAUAAUGUGAACAUUGAUUCUAGGGAUGAAGUGCAGAGUUUCAGAGCUGGACGUUACGUGAGCAGUAACGAAGCAGCGUGGCGUAUAUUGGGAUUUCCAAUGCACGAGAGAUACCCCACUGUAACCCAUCUCGCGGUGCACUUGCCCAAUGGCGAGCGUGUCUUCUUCAAUGAUCAAAAUCUCCACGACAGAAUCGCUACUCCUCCUAUGACGACUUUAACUGCAUUCUUCCAACUUUGUCAAAAUGAUGAAUUUUCAAAAACUUUGCUCUAUGUUGAAGUACCACGUUAUUAUAUCUGGAAUGCAUCGGCGAAAGAGUGGAAGCGCCGCAAACAAGGAAAGCCUGUUGAGAACUGGCCGGGAGUAAAAGCUGCAGACGCACUAGGUCGUAUAUAUACCGUACAUGUCAGCAACUUUGAGUGCUACUGCUUGCGCAUGCUGCUUAAUCAAGUACGGGGCCCAUCAAGCUUCCACGAUCUUAAAACAGUGGGUGGACAAGAACAUGCUACAUUUAGAAAAGCCUGUGAGGCACGUGGGCUUUUAGAAAGUGACGACCAUUGGGACGCUACCAUGGAUGAAGCCGUGCUGUGCCGAUCACCAGCUAAAGUCAGAGAGUUGUUUGCAGUUAUAGUAAGUACUUGCGGUCUCUCAAAUCCACUUCAACUGUGGGACAAGUACAAGGUUGCAUUAUCAGAAGAUAUAGCUCAUAGACUCCAAGGUACGCACAUAGAAUUGAUAGUUAAUGAGGCUUUAAAGUUAAUAGAGAACAAAAUAACUAAUUUAUCUGGGAUGAAAAUGACAGACUUCGGUUUGCCCACUCCAGAACAAAGGGGAGAAUUGUCAAGCGAUGUUGUAAGAGAACUGAAUUACGAUGCCGUUGCCUUAGAUAUCUUUGUCCAUGAUAUGGAGCCACGUUUGCUUCCCGAACAAAGGCACGUUUACGAUGUAAUUAUACAGCAUGUAAAUAGUAGUAAUGGGGGACUCUUCUUUCUGGACGCACCAGGGGGUACUGGUAAAACAUUUGUGUUAAACCUACUGCUCGCCCGACUUCGCAAGGACCGGAACAUAGCCCUGGCUGUGGCUUCCUCGGGAAUCGCUGCAACGUUGUUGAACGGUGGACGGACAGCACAUUCUACUUUUAAAUUGCCAUUAAAUCUAGCAAGCCAAGAGACCCCUACAUGCAACAUAAGUAAAAAUAGCAACCGCGGUGCUCUCCUGCAACAGUGCAAGUUAAUUGUGUGGGACGAGUGCACUAUGUCGCACAAGCACGCCUUAGAGGCUUUGAACUUCAGCCUGCAAGAUAUACGCAGCAACCAAUCUCUAAUGGGAGGUGUUGUAGUUCUGCUCGCUGGUGACUUCAGACAGACACUGCCCGUUAUUGAGAGGGGGACACCGGUGGAUGAGAUGAAUGCAUGUCUAAAGGCGUCUCAACUGUGGUCCAAGGUAAUAAAGCUCCAGCUUACAUGUAACAUGCGUGUCCAGCUUUUCAACGAUUUGGAGUCAGGUGCCUAUGCGUCUAAGCUUCUGAAAAUAGGAGAGGGUCUCCUAAAAACAGACACAGAUGGAAAAAUCGAAUUUACCAAUGAUUUUUGUCAUCCAGUGACAACAGAGGAUGAACUUAUUGCUCACGUUUAUCCAAACAUACAAAGGAAUAUAAGCAACGAAGAAUGGUUAUGCGAGAGGGCAGUUCUAUCUCCAACAAAUGAGUCUGUCAACAACAUCAACAAACAUAUAUUGGCAAUGUUAGCAGGGGAGUCAAAAAUAUACACGUCAAUAGACACUGUGAUGAGCAGUGACGACAGUCCCACUUACCCUGUAGAAUUUCUAAACUCAUUGGAACUAACAGGCGUGCCUUCCCAUAAACUCGAGCUAAAAGUUGGCGUACCAGUUCUGCUGAUGCGCAACCUUGAUGCACCAAGAUUGUGCAAUGGCACUAGGCUUCGAGUCACAGAGCUAGGAAGAAACAUAGUACAUGCCACUAUUCUGACUGGAACAGCUAAAGGAGAAAGCGUUUUGAUUCCAAGAAUCCCGAUUAUUCCUAAUAAUCUGCCAUUCCAGUUUAGGAGGCUACAGUUCCCGAUAAAGGUGGCAUUUACGAUGACAGUCAAUAAGUCACAGGGACAAACGCUGAGAGUUGCAGGAAUUCAUUUGGGAACACCUUGCUUCUCACACGGUCAGCUAUAUGUCGGUUGUUCAAGAGUGUCAAGUCCCCAAAACCUGCAUAUACUGGCUGAGAAUAACAAAUCUUACAAUGUUGUCUAUAGAAAUGCUCAACCAGCAGCUGCAGAGAUCCCCGCCCAAGCUCCUGCAGUGUCAGCUCUCGUGAAAGUAAAUGAAAAAGUGUUAAGUAAGUUGAUAGAAAAUGAGAAUGCUAAUGAAGAGGACAUUGAAAAUGAGAUGACAACAGCUUCUGAAUACAAUGAGAAGUAUCAUGAGCUUGAUAAAAAAGAAAAGGAUGCAAGAGUAUUUGAACAUUUCGAAAGAACAGUCAACAGGAAAAUGGAUGGGCGUUAUGUUGUGAAGCUUCCAUGGAUAGAUGACCAUCCACCAUUAGAAACGAAUCAUCAAGCAGCAGAAAAACGGCUACAGACGACCACACCAAAGGCAAGAGUUGCACCAGUGAAACAGAUAUCAUUACCACGACUUGAACUGAUGGGAGCUGUAAUUGGUGUAAGGCUGUGUUCUUUAGCAUUGCAGUGUAUCGACAGCCCUAACCUCCCUGUAUUGUUUUGGUUGGAUUCAUCUGUGGCCCUUGCUUGGAUUGCCAAACAGGGAAAGUGGUCAGUAUUUAUAGAGAAUAGGGUAAAAGAAAUUAACAAGUUCACUGUACCCUCUCAGUGGAGACAUGUACCUGGUCCUGAUAAUCCUGCAGACAUUCUCUCUAGGGGAUGUACUCCAAAACAGCUAUUUAAGUCACAGUGGUGGUGUGGACCUGAAUGGCUUUAUAAAUCUCUUGAGGAUUGGCCUUCAGAUAAACCUGUGCCUUGUUCCCAAGAGAUGGAAAAAGAAAAGAAGAGGUUGGUGACUACUAUUUGCACGGUUCAAACAUUUAACAUUGCUGAAUUGUUGGGUAACCGAAUAUCAAAAUAUUCAAAAAUAGUGCGGACAGUUGCAUGGAUAUUAAGACUGAGUCCUACGAAUGACAGAAGAAUAAAGUGUAACAUUCAAGCAGAUGAGUUUAAAAGAGCUGAAAAAGUUAUAUUUAGACUUAUUCAACAAGAAAGUUUCCCUGCAGAACUCAAAUGUACUACACUGAGUGGAAUCCAAAAAUUCAUAGAUGAUGAUGGUAUCAUCCGACUAAAAUCAAGAGUUUUAAGUGCAGAAGAUAAUCAAGAAUUUGUUUAUCCUGUUAUCCUACCAUCUCAUCAUAUUGCAGUUGACAGGCUAAUCGAACAGUAUCAUGUACAGAACAAGCACGCGGGUGUACAAGCCUUGUUAGUUAUUCUACGAGAAAGAGUGUGGAUACUAAAAGGACGUAAAACUGUUGUACAAAGGCUGUACCCAUUAGAAGUCUUGAGUGAAGAAAGAGAUCCUGUACUCAAGAUGAACUCUACUCCUGACAAGACAGUAACAAAAACAAGAAGCGAUCCUGUACUCAAGAUGAACUCUACUCCUGACAAGACAGUAACAACAACAAGAAGCGGGAGACGAGUACAGAGAACUGAGAAAUUGAACCUGUAUCGUAAGGACAUUAUCUUCGUCUUGCGCGAUCGCGGUCAAAUUCUGACCACCCCUCGCGGCCCCCGCGGUCGUGUGAACAUAUUAAUCGCCUCCCACGAUUGUGACAAAAUGGUUAUCAUCUCCCUCGGUCUUGUGGAGAUCAUCAUCCUCUUCCGCAAAUUAGGCAAAGUUUACCUGGAAGUGGGUGAGAAGUGCCCUUAG